CCUCAUUGGUGCUGCUGUGAUUGAGAUGCCAAAAAAGUCCUCCAAGAUCGCCAGCUUCAUCCCCAAAGGGGGGAAGCUCAACAGUGCCAAGAAGGAGUCCGCCACCCCUACCCAGAGUGGGAUCCCCAAACCGGGAAUGAAGAGCAUGCCUGUCAAAUCCCCAAGUGCCCCUGCCCCUUCCAAGGAGGGUGAGCGGAACCGAGCUGGGAAGCCGAGCUCAGGGCUUCCCCAGCAAAAGCCCCAGCUAGAUGGCAGACACUCCAGCUCCUCCUCCAGCCUGGCAUCCUCAGAAGGAAAAGGCCCAGGAGCAACCACCCUGAAUCACAGCAUCAGCAGUCAGACUGUCAGUGGGUCUGUGGGGACCACCCAGACCACAGGAAGCAAUACUGUCAGUGUUCAGCUACCUCAGCCCCAACAGCAAUACAGUCACCCUAACACUGCCACGGUCGCACCUUUCCUGUACAGGUCCCAGACAGACACAGAAGGGAAUGUUACUGCGGAGUCGGGCUCAGCGGGUGUGAGCUUGGAGCCAAGCCACUACACCAAGAGUGGACAGCCUGCUCUGGAAGAACUCACUGGGGAAGACCCGGAGGCUCGACGACUACGGACGGUGAAAAACAUUGCUGAUUUGCGGCAGAAUUUGGAAGAGACCAUGUCCAGUUUACGGGGAACUCAGGUUACACAUAGCACCUUGGAAACCACAUUUGACACCAAUGUUACCACUGAGAUAAGUGGGCGCAGCAUCCUCAGCAUGACGGGAAGGCCAACCCCUCUUUCCUGGAGACUCGGCCAGUCCAGCCCCCGGCUUCAAGCGGGAGAUGCCCCUUCUCUGGGCAACGGGUACCCGCCUCGAGCCAAUGCCAGCCGGUUCAUCAAUACAGAGUCAGGCCGCUACGUGUACUCAGCCCCAUUGAGGAGGCAGCUGACUUCCAGGGGCAGCAGCAUCUGCCACGUGGAUGUCUCAGACAAGACGGGCCAGGACAUGGAGCUGGAGGGCAUCAGCAUGGAUGCUCCUGGCUACAUGAGUGAUGGGGACGUGCUGAGCAAGAACAUGCGCACGGAUGACCUCACAAGUGGGUACAUGACAGAUGGUGGACUUGGCCUCUACACGCGCCGCCUGAACCGGCUCCCAGAUGGCAUGGCUGUGGUGCGGGAGACACUGCAGAGAAAUACCUCCCUGGGCCUUGGAGAUGCUGACAGCUGGGAUGACAGCAGUUCCGUCAGCAGUGGGAUCAGUGACACCAUAGACAACCUGAGCACGGAUGAUAUCAACACCAGCUCCUCCAUCAGCUCCUAUGCCAACACACCUGCCUCGUCCCGCAAAAACCUGGAUGUGCAGACUGAUGCUGAGAAGCACUCGCAGGUGGAAAGGACUGCCCUGUGGCCUGGUGACGAUGUUAAGAAGUCAGACGGCGGGUCAGAUUGCAGCAUAAAGAUGGAGCCAGGAUCCAAGUGGCGGCGGAAUCCCUCGGACAUGUCUGACGAGUCGGACAAAAGCACAUCAGGCAAGAAGAACCCCGUCAUCUCACAGACGGGCUCAUGGCGGCGAGGCAUGACUGCUCAGGUGGGCAUCACCAUGCCACGGACGAAGCCUACCACCACGACAGGCACACUGAAGACCCCAGGAACUGGAAAAACAGAUGAUGCCAAGGUGUCUGAGAAAGGAAGGCUGUCUCCCAAAUCCUCCCAAGUGAAGCGUUCCCCAUCUGACGCAGGCCGCAGCAGUGGUGACGAAUCCAAAAAGCCCCUCUCCAGCAAUUCCAGGACACCUACUGCUAAUGCCAACAGCUUUGGGUUCAAGAAGCAGAGUGGCUCAGUGGCCGGUCUGGCCAUGAUCACUGCCAGCGGGGCCACGGUCACCAGUAGGUCGGCCACCUUGGGCAAGAUCCCAAAAUCAUCUGCACUUGUGGGUCGGUCGGCGGGUCGGAAGACGAGCAUGGACGGGAUGCAGAAUCAGGACGAUGGUUAUCUAUCUCUUAGCUCCCGGACAAAUCUGCAAUAUCGGAGUCUUCCGAGGCCUAGCAAGUCAACCAGUCGGAAUGGAGCUGGGAACAGGUCUAGUACCAGCAGCAUCGAUUCCAAUAUCAGCAGCAAGUCAGCGGGCCUGCCGGUGCCCAAGCUGAGAGAACCUUCCAAAACAGCCCUCGGCAGUUCCCUGCCAGGUUUGGUCAACCAGACCGAUAAAGAGAAAGGCAUCCCAUCGGACAGCGAGAGUGUGGCUUCCUGUAACUCAGUCAAGGUGAACCCUGCUGCUCAGCCAGUGUCAAGCACAGCUCAGGCUACUCUGCAGCCAGGGGCCAAGUACCCAGAUGUGGCCUCUCCAACUCUCCGAAGACUCUUUGGUGGAAAGCCUACCAAGCAAGUGCCCAUCGCCACAACUGAAAACAUGAAAAACUCAGUGGUCAUCUCCAAUCCUCAUGCUACCUUGACCCAGCAAGGGAACUUAGAGUCCCCCUCAGGCAGCGGUGUCCUGAGCAGUGGGAGCAGCAGCCCUCUCUACAGUAAGAACGUGGAUAUCAACCAGUCUCCACUAGCCUCCAGCCCCAGUUCAGCCCACUCGGGCCCCUCCAACAGCCUCACGUGGGGCACUACUGCCAGCAGCUCUUCUGUGGUUAGCAAGGACGGCCUGGGCUUCCAGUCUGUCAGCAGCCUCCAUACCAGCUGUGAGUCCAUUGACAUCUCCCUCAGCAGCGGAGGGGCUCUGAGCCACAAUUCCUCCACAGGCCUCCUCACCUCCUCUAAGGACGACUCCCUGACACCCUUUGUCAGAACCAACAGUGUGAAGACCACACUGUCAGAAAGGUAUACUCCCACCUCCCAGCUUCGCACACAAGAAGAUGCAAAAGAAUGGUUGCGGUCCCAUUCGGCAGGUGGCCUUCAGGACACUGCUGCCAAUUCCCCUUUUUCCUCUGGUUCCAGUGUGACUUCUCCCUCUGGAAUAAGAUUCAACUUUUCCCAGCUUGCGAGCCCCACCACGGUCACCCAAAUGAGCUUGUCCAAUCCUACCAUGCUGAGGACCCACAGCCUUUCCAACGCUGAUGGACAGUAUGACCCCUACACUGACAGCCGCUUCCGGAAUAGCUCUAUGUCCCUGGAUGAAAAGAGCAGGACCAUGAGCCGCUCAGGUUCUUUCCGAGAUGGGUUUGAAGAAGUGCAUGGGUCCUCCCUCUCCUUGGUUUCGAGCACAUCAUCGAUUUAUUCUACACCGGAAGAAAAGUGCCAGUCUGAGAUUCGCAAGCUACGGCGGGAGCUGGAUGCCUCCCAGGAGAAAGUCUCCGCUCUGACCACCCAGCUAACUGCAAAUGCACAUCUCGUGGCAGCAUUUGAACAGAGCCUUGGAAACAUGACCAUCAGGCUCCAGAGUCUGACCAUGACGGCUGAGCAGAAGGAUUCAGAGCUGAAUGAGUUAAGGAAAACCAUCGAGCUGCUAAAGAAACAGAAUGCAGCUGCCCAGGCUGCUAUUAAUGGAGUCAUUAACACACCAGAGCUCAACUGCAAAGGCAAUGGUACUUCGCAAUCUGCUGACCUCCGCAUCCGCAGGCAGCAUUCUUCAGACAGUGUCUCCAGCAUUAACAGUGCCACCAGCCACUCCAGCGUGGGCAGCAACAUAGAGAGUGAUUCCAAGAAGAAGAAGAGAAAGAACUGGUUACGCAGCUCCUUCAAGCAAGCUUUUGGGAAAAAGAAGUCUCCCAAGUCAGCAUCCUCUCAUUCAGACAUCGAAGAGAUGACCGAUUCUUCUUUGCCUUCUUCACCAAAGUUGCCACAUAAUGGAUCCACAGGCUCCACUCCACUGCUGAGAAAUUCUCACUCCAACUCUCUGAUUUCUGAGUGCAUGGAUAGCGAAGCCGAAACAGUCAUGCAGCUUCGAAAUGAGCUGAGAGACAAGGAGAUGAAGCUCACUGACAUUCGACUAGAAGCCCUCAGCUCAGCGCACCAGCUCGACCAGCUCCGGGAGGCCAUGAACCGGAUGCAGAGUGAAAUAGAAAAGCUGAAGGCAGAAAACGACAGGUUGAAGUCAGAGUCUCAGGGCAGUGGGUGCAGCCGAGCCCCCUCCCAGGUGUCCCUCUCGGCCUCCCCAAGGCAGUCCCUGGGUCUCUCCCAGCACAGCCUGAACCUCACCGAGUCGACCAGCCUAGACAUGUUGCUGGAUGACACUGGUGAAUGCUCGGCUCGGAAGGAAGGAGGCAGGCAUGUUAAGAUAGUUGUCAGCUUUCAGGAGCAAAUGAAGUGGAAGGAGGAUUCCAGACCACACGUCUUUCUUAUUGGCUGCAUUGGAGUCAGUGGCAAGACGAAGUGGGAUGUGCUCGAUGGGGUGGUUAGACGGCUGUUCAAAGAGUACAUCAUUCAUGUCGACCCAGUAAGUCAGCUAGGACUGAAUUCUGACAGUGUUCUCGGCUACAGUAUUGGGGAGAUCAAGCGCAGCAACGCUUCUGACACCCCCGAGCUGCUUCCAUGUGGCUAUCUGGUGGGAGAGAACACGACCAUCUCAGUGGCCAUCAAAGGGCUCACCGAGAACAGCCUGGACUCACUGGUGUUCGAGUCCCUCAUCCCCAAGCCCAUCCUUCAGCGCUAUAUCUCCUUGCUGGUGGAGCAUCGGCGCAUCAUCCUCUCUGGCCCCAGUGGCACUGGGAAGACCUAUCUGGCCAAUCGACUCUCAGAAUAUUUGGUGCUUCGAGAGGGCCGUGAGCUGGCAGAUGGCAUUAUUGCCACCUUCAAUGUGGACCACAAGUCCAGCAAGGAGCUGCGCCAGUACCUGUCCAACCUUGCUGACCAGUGUGCCAGUGAAAAUAGUGCUGGGGACAUGCCACUCGUCAUCAUCCUGGAUAACUUGCAUCAUGUCAGCUCCCUGGGUGAGAUCUUCAACGGGCUGCUCAACUGCAAGGACCACAAAUGCCCUUACAUCAUCGGCACCAUGAACCAGGCUACCUCCUCCACUCCCAACCUACAGCUCCACCACAACUUCAGGUGGGUGCUCUGUGCCAACCACACGGAGCCCGUGAAGGGAUUCCUAGGCCGGUUCCUAAGGCGGAAGCUCAUGGAAACGGAGAUCAGUGGGCGGGUGCGGAAUGUGGAGCUGGUAAAAAUCAUUGACUGGAUUCCCAAGGUCUGGCAUCACCUCAACCGCUUCUUGGAGGCACACAGCUCCUCGGACGUCACCAUAGGCCCCCGACUCUUCCUGUCCUGCCCCAUCGAUGUGGAUGGCUCCAGAGUGUGGUUCACUGACCUGUGGAACUACUCCAUCAUCCCGUAUCUCCUGGAAGCUGUCAGAGAAGGACUCCAGCUCUAUGGGAGACGGGCCCCCUGGGAGGAUCCUGCCAAGUGGGUGAUGGACACCUAUCCGUGGGCUGCCAGUCCCCAGCAGCACGAGUGGCCACCAUUGCUACAGCUCCGGCCAGAGGAUGUAGGCUUUGACGGCUACUCCAUGCCCCGGGAGGGGUCAACAAGCAAACAGAUGCCCCCCAGUGAUGCUGAAGGAGACCCGCUGAUGAACAUGCUGAUGCGGCUACAGGAAGCAGCCAACUACUCCAGCCCCCAGAGCUACGACAGUGACUCCAACAGCAACAGCCAUCACGAUGACAUCCUGGACUCAUCCUUGGAGUCAACCCUGUGACUUUCUCUUCUCCCCUUCCACCGCCAUCCUCUGCACCCUCCUGAAGAUGACCUCCUGAGCCAGCCCCCAGCCGCAGUCUGACAGCUGCAGGGUCACCUCCCAACCACCUCGUCCUCCAACCUGAUCCUGGUGCAGGGGUCCCAGACCAGCUUCCUUGGCACCACUGCUCCUUCCUAUCCUGAGCACUGCACUAUUUUCUGUUCUAUUCGAGUCAUCCUUUUUUUUUAUCAUGUGUUUUAUGUUUUGUUGUUUGUUUUUGCCUCGUUGCUGUGACCGCCCCUGAGACACUGAAAGAUGCUUCUUGGGACAUGGUGAUCACCUCUGACAUGCAAAGGAUUUUUAAAAAGCCAAUUAAAAGGACUCACUUGAAGCUCUGAAACCAAACAGCAUCCUGCCAGCUGCCACCCAGAGACAAACCAGACUGGAGUAAAGCUGGAGAGAGGGGCACAACCUCCAGACCCUUUGGGUCUGCUGCCAGAACCCCCAAGGCCAUUCCGGUCCAGGAGAACAGGUGCUGCCCAGGAUGUAGGCUUUGAACUGCCCAGGACAUGCCCCAAAGCUCCCGCACAGCGAACCCGAGGCCCAAACCAAGCCUGCUUUUUGUUCAGUUUUUCAAAUGGUGCUCCCCUUUCGUAGAGGCACUCUGCCCAUUCUUCCCAUCUGUCCACUCACCCCUUUGGGACACAACUCCUGGACAUGACCCAUCAGAGCGCAAGAGAAGGAGCGAGAGUGUCCCGCAUGUCGGCGUGGCCACCAGUGGAAACGCAGACAGCCGUGUUUCCUCCCCAGCCCGAGACAAAUCAGGUUUUCUUUUCUGCAAACACUGUGUGGGGUGAGAACGGUUCUACCUUAGAGAACUGCUUUCCCUCCCCAGUCCCCUAUCCUGAUCCCAGAACAAGGAGUCUCUCCCAUCCUGACUCUAAUCUGAAAGAUGUUUCCGAGCCCCUCUGGGUGAGAAUCAAUUCUUGGGUGGAAGGAAAAGCCACGGAAGCUGUUUGGGUUUGGUCCUGCUGAGUUUGGGUUUUCAGCUGUCCGCCCACCCUCACGUCGGGCACUCCGUGGGCCUUGCCUUCCCCUCUCGUCCUCCAGGCCGCACAGCUCUGCUCUCGACAGCACCUCAGGUGUGCCAGUCCCUGACCUCAGGGGAGGUGGUGAGAUCACCCGGGAGAAACCCUGCAUUUUCCUCAGAAACGACCAUCACGAUGCAACUCCACAGGGGCCCCCGCACCUGCCUCCAUCCCCAUGGGCCUGGCUGCCCUCUUCGGUGCUGACCUUCCCAAAGCGAUGCCUUACUGGUUUUGUACUAACCGUGUUCAUGGAUGCGUGUCGUGCCUGCCUGGGGUCCGUCAUUUUCUUUCAUUUCUGUUUUUUU